AUGGCUCUAUGGGGGGUACUCAGUCUCAGCCUCCACUGCUGGGUCUGCCUUGGCUCCUGUAGUAGUAGUAGUGGUGGUGGUGAUGGACCGCCUCUGGACCAACCCGGGGGCCCCUUGGAUUGGCUCCUGUCGGAUAAGGGCCCCUUCCAUCACUCCCCGGAGUAUAUCGACUUUGUGGAUAAGAACCGGCAAGGAUUCUCCACCAGAUACAAGAUUUACCGGGAGUUUGGUCGAUGGAAGGUGAAUAACUUGGCGGUGGAGCGCAGAGACUUCCUGUCCUCUCCUCUGCCCCUCACCCCAGAGUUCAUCAGGAACAUCCGCAUGUUGGGACGAAGACCGACCAUCCACAGCAUCACCGACAACCUGAUCAGGAAGUACGGCACGCACUUCCUCCUGUCCGCCACGCUCGGAGGUAGGAAAUCCCUGUAUUCAUUCGUAGACAGAAAGGAAAGAGGAAAGAAGGGGAGAGUAGAGGAGNNUUCGGGAAACUCGUCGGCGGUUACUUUGGAGACGCUGCACCAGCUGGCCGCCUCCUACUUCAUCGACCGAGAGAGCACACUGCGCAAACUGCACCACAUCCAGAUCGCGUCCACCGCCAUCAAGGUGACAGAGACCCGGACCGGUCCCCUCGGAUGCAGUAACUAUGACAACCUGGACUCAGUCAGCUCUGUCCUGGUCCAGAGUCCCGAGAACAAGGUCCAGCUGCAAGGUCUGCAGAUGAUCCUGCCGGACUACCUGCAGGAGAGCUUCGUCCACGCGGCGCUCAGCUACAUCGCCUGUAACGGAGAGGGGGACUUCAUGUGCAAAGACAACGACUGCUGGUGCCACUGCGAACCACAGUUCCCAGAAUGCAACUGUCCCUACAUGGACAUCCAGGCCAUGGAGGAGAGUCUGCAGAGGAUCACCCAGACCUGGACGCUCAUCUACAAGGAGUUUGAGGAGUCAGAUGAGUUCAAGUCCUUCUUCCAGCGCCUGCCUCAGACCCACUUCCUGAACAUGUCGUCCCUGCAGCAGCUGUGGUCUUCAGACGCUCAGUUCCAGGGCCGCUACGAGCAGCUCCAGAGCUCCAUGAGGCAGCUGUCGAGACGAGCGCACAGGGUCAUCUACAAACUGUUCAGCCUGAGCAAGAGGUGCCACCGGCAGCCCAAAGUGCACCUGCCCCGCCAACGGCCUCAGUCGUACUGGUUGAGCCACCUGCAGUCGCUGCUUUACUGCUCCGAGAACAACCAGCUGGGCACCUUCUCCGAGGAGCUCCGGACCUGCACCUGUAAGGCGGACCACCUGCCCUGUCAGCUGCCCGCCCCCUGCACCAUCGGGGAGGGCUCCGCGUGCGCCUCGUGCGCCCCGGACAACCACACCCGCUGCGGGACGUGUAACCCGGGCUUCGUCCUCACGCCCGGAGGCUGCAGGCCCAUGGUGGUGGACUCCACAGAGAACUACCUGGGCUUCGAGACCGACCUGCAAGACCUGGAGCUGGGGUACCUGCUGCAGAGGGCCGACCGCAGACUGGAGGUCCACGCCAUCUUCAUCAGCAACGACAUGCGCCUCAACAGCUGGUUCGACCCCUCGUGGAGGAAACGGAUGCUCCUCACCCUCAAGAGCAACAAGUACAAGUCCAACAUGGUCCACAUGCUCCUCGGCAUCUCUCUGCAGAUCUGCCUGACCAAAAACAGCACCCUGGAACCCGCCCUCACCCUCUACAUCAACCCCUUCGGAGGCAGCCACUCGGAAAGCUGGUACAUCCCCGUCAACGAGAACGGAUUCCCGGACUGGCAAGCCACGAAACUGGACCUACCUUUCGAAUGCUACAACUGGACUCUGACGCUCGGGAAUAAGUGGAAGACCUUUUUCGAGACCAUCCACAUUUACCUACGGAGCCGGAUUAAAACUCAAGACGCGCAAGGGAACGACACGUACUACGAGCCCAUGGAGGUCACGGAGCCCACGAGGAAUUUGGGGUACAUGAAAAUCAACAGCAUACAGGUGUUCGGCUACAGCAUGAACUUCGACCCGGAGGCGAUUCGCGAUCUGAUCUUGCAGCUCGACUACCCGUACACGCAAGGAUCUCAGGACACGGCCAUGCUUCAGCUUUUGGAGUUACGGGAUCGGAUAAACCGCUUGUCGCCGCCCGGGCAGCAGAGGUUGGACCUGUUCGCGUGUCUUUUGCGGCACAGACUCAAGCUGACUCCGAGCGAGGUGGUGCGCAUCGAGACCUCCUUGCAGGCGUUCGGCUCGCGUUUACCCAAUUCCAUGGAUUACGAAACUACGAAAUUGUGUAGUUAACAGUCGCUUGGGGGAGUUUUUAACAAUGCAAAACACUCGGAUGUAUGAAGCGUGCCUCGAAAAGCGCAUUUUCGAACAAUUGUACAACGCGGACUGUGGCUAAGCUAACCCGGCUAACGAAUGUACCCAACUGUUUUGU